UUAAAUGUGAGAAUCAUAAACAUUUUUAUUCUCAGGCUGUUUAAAUAUUAAAAAAUAUUACUUAUAAAUAGUUAAUAGUUAGCAAAAAUGAGACGUAGAGUAGGCUUAGGAGCUAUUCAACAACAGCAAUUGGCUGCUGAAAAACUGAAGGACAAGGGCACAGAUCUGCAGGAAAGUCAAUUGGAGCAGAUGACCAAACAAAUGGAAGUGUUUCGGCAAAAACUUGAAGAAUUUUCCAUAAGCCAUAAACAGGAUAUUAAGAAAAAUGCCCAAUUUCGUAAACAAUUUCAAGAAAUGUGUGCAGCCAUUGGCGUAGAUCCCCUGGCUAGUGGUAAAGGUUUUUGGAGUGUCUUGGGAAUGGGAGAUUUUUAUUACGAAUUGGGAGUACAGGUGGUGGAGGUAUGUUUGGCGGCGAAUCAUAAAACAGGUGGAUUAAUGGAAUUGAAUGAGUUGAGAAGACGAUUAAUUGCUGCCAGAGGACAAAAUGCUGUACAUCAAGAAAUAACAAAUGAAGACAUUCUAAUGGCUACAAAAAAGCUAAGCAUAUUUGGAAAUGGAUUCGUGGUUCAUAAAUUGGGCAAAGGAAAAUAUAUCCUACAAUCCAUACCCGGAGAGCUGAGUAUGGAAGAAACUACGAUACUAACACAGGCAUCGAAUACUGAACAAGGCUUUGUAACUCUUACGAUGCUCAUUGAACAAUUGGGAUGGUCUGACUAUAGAGCCCGCCAGUCCUUGGAUAAAGUUGUAAGUGAAGGCCUAUGUUGGAUUGAUGAACAAGAUGAGGAAACAAGUUAUUGGUUUCCCAGUUUAUUCCCUGGCCGAACGACUCAAGUGAAUUCAGCAUAAGGCAAUACUCUAAGGAAAACAGUUUCGUUGUUUUGUUUUUUUGAAAAGUAGGUAUAUAUAUUUACAUAAAAAUAUAAAACAAAUAGUGAUUCUCACACAAGUGAGCAACAAUAAAAAUUUGUAUGUAAAAAAAAAACAAAACAUCCUAAA